AUGAACAACCCAACCGAGUCUUUGAACAAGAAGAAGCGUGCCAAUCCGCAGGCUUCAGACGCUGCUGAUGAGGCCGUUGAAGGUGGUUCUGGUGAUGGUGCCGCCGCCGCUGCUUCCAAUGGCGCGUCUUCAGCUUCGUCAUCAAACUUUCGCAAUGUCAGCGCGUGCAAUCGGUGUCGUCUGAGAAAGAACCGCUGUGAUCAGAAAUUACCAGCAUGUACGAGUUGCGAAAAGGCCAAUGUCAAAUGCGUCGGCUUUGAUCCCGUCAGCAAACGGGAAAUACCCAGGAGUCGAGUGCAGCAUCUGGAAUCUUUGCUUCAAGCCAACAACAUUCCUUAUGCUCCGACGGAUGAUUUUAGCAUGAGCGUGGCGACGCCUACCUCUCCUACGAUGCCAUCUACAGGCGAAGCAACGGUAGUUGGGGCGCAGAAGUAUACUGACAGUGGUGCUGGUUCUGUCUCUGCCGUUUCCAACGAACAGACCGAGCAGAAGCAGCUCUCUAACCUGGUUCACAAUAUCGGAAACGUUUCAGUAUUAGGAGCCUCAGAUUCUAGGUACCUAGGUUCUACUUCUGGGAUCUCCUUCGCUAGAGUUGUCUUUGCCGCAGUCAAGAGCUCAGUGUCUGGAUCGACAUCAGAACGUGGCGGCGUUCGGCCUUCGAAGCCACUCACGAGUGCAGCUACGGGAGGAACUACCAUGAGAGAUUCAUUCUUUGGACUGCAGACGAAACCCGCCAUCAAACCGGCAACCUUCCCUGAUAAGGACAUCGGACGACGAUUGAUGGAGCUAUAUUUUGAGCACUCUAACCCCCAAAUACCUAUUUUACAUCGUGGAGAGUUCAUGGCACUAUUUGACAAAGUGUAUGCCACUGAGGAGAGGAAAAGGACACCGCGGGAGCUUUACAUGCUCAAUAUAGUCUUUGCUACAGGUGCUGGAGUCAUCCUGGAAGCCUCUGACAAGAACAACGAUGCAGAAAAUGCCGCCGAUGGCAAGUCUGGACAGAGUCGCAAGAGGCAAAAACUCUCUAACGAGCAAUCUCGACCGGAAGAGUACCACGCUUCGGCGAUCGUACAUCUGGAGUCAUUCCUUGGAUCGUCUUCUUCUGCGACAGAGGGCAUUGGCGGCGGUCUUGAAGAAUUGCAGGCUGUCCUCCUCCUGGCAGGAUUUGCGCUACUCCGUCCUGUCGCACCAGGCCUCUGGUAUAUUGUAGGCGUAGCUGUUCGCCUUGCUGUAGAUCUUGGCCUUCACAACGAGGAUCCAGAGGCUGCGACGGAGAUCAACGCCGAGCAAGGGCAGAACGAGAUGACAAGUGCUGCUAGAGAAGAGUUCGGAAGACGACAAUACAUUCGGGACUUCCGAAGAAGGCUAUGGUGGUGUGUGUACUCUUUCGACCGCCUGGUUUCCACUUGCGUUGGCAGGCCUUUCGGUAUCACAGACCAGGUGAUCACUACUGAGUUCCCGACCUUGCUCGAUGACAAGUACAUCACACCAAGUGGUUUCUUGACUCCGCCACAGAACGAGUAUGGCAGCAUACCGAGUUAUAAACACGUCUCGUACCACUACUUCCGGCUUCGAUUGCUGCAGUCAGAAGUAUUGCAAGUAUUGCAGCACCGCCAGACUCAGCAAUUCAGAGAAAGAGGCACCGUCAAUGGAGGCAAUCGAUGGAUGCACACAGAUCUUCCUUCGCCAUUCUUGUCGAGAUAUUCAAGCUUUAGGGAAUGGCGAGGCGACAUCGACCGCAGGCUGUACGAGUGGAUCGAAUCAUCGCCUACGCAGACGAUGACUGGAGUUGCGUUCUCGCCACUAUUCUUGGAACUCAACUAUUGGCUCACAGUGACCAUGCUCUACCGCCAAUCUCUAUCAGUACCUCCAUCAUUGGCUGGGGAACUAGAUGCGUCUACAGGCGAUGAUGUUACCAGCCCGGGUCACGUCGACUAUGAGGAAGAAGAUGAGGAGAUGGUAUUCUUGAAGGUGGCCGAAGCCGGUCAGAAGACACUGAAGAUCUACCGCCAACUACAUCGUGUAAGACUGGUCAACCACACUUUCUUGGCUACACACCACUUGUUCAUGUCUGGUAUAUCUUUCUUGUAUGCCAUCUGGCAUUCGACGGUUGUAAGGUCCAAACUUACACUGGAUGAUGUCGACUUCACUAUCUUGGCAGCAACAUCUGUGCUUGGAGACAUGAUCGAAAAGUGUCCUCCUGCUGAAGCAUGUCGUGAUGCUUUUGAUCGCAUGAGUAAAGCAACCAUUGCAAUGGUGGAGCAAACUACAGGAUUCGGGUCGCAAGCGCUACGGUAUAUUGCACAGACGCAANAAGUACAACAACAUGCGGACGCAUCUACUGCAGGAGAGCACAACGUCAGGAAGGUCAACCACGGCACAGCUAUGAUGGCUCCUAAUCAAGGCAGGCCUCACCCUCAACAACCACAGCAGCAACCGCAACAGGUCAGACGACCUAUGCCACGAUUUGACAUGAAUUUGCGAGAUCUCUUUACAGAUGACGAGUCGACCAAUCGUCCGUCAGCGCAAAGAAGAGCACCCUUCCCAAUGGCGCGGCCACCAAAUCCAGCAGUCAAGCGAGAAGGAGGACCAGCUUACCCAGGCACGCCUACGGGACCUGCAUAUCAGCAGAAUCAGAUCUCUCCUCGCCUAUAUGCACCGAGUCCGCCAAUAGAUCCGUCAUUACAAUCGACACCGCCACCAAUAGCGAGACAAUCACCCAGUCAGCAUCAUUACUACCCUCGCGGAGGGCAAAACUAUCUGGCACCUGGGACGCAAGGGAUGCCAGGUCAAGUCGAGGGAUUUGAAUUCCUGCAAGACUUCCAGCUACCCGACCAAGGGGGAGGCUUGGGUCAAGCAGGACAGGCGCCAGGUAACUAUGGAGAGUUUGAUAUGGGCUUUGGCGCAGGAGGACUUGCUUUCGACGGCGGCGGUCAGCCAUGGGAUGAACAUGGAGGCUUCGACCUGUUUGACGGAUUCUUCUUCGGUGGAACCAAUGGAGGUGGACAGAGAUAA